AAUACAUACACUGCAUUGCGUCGAUGGCGAAGCAUGGUGUUGCUCCCACGCUUACAGUUGCAGUGGCGCUGUUUGUUCUUGUUGCCCUCGCAGCAUUUCCAGCAGCGCAGUCUAUCGGCGUCUGCAACGGCGUGAUCGGCAACAACCUGCCGGCGCCCAGCGACGUCGUCAAGCUCUACAAAUCCAAGGGCAUCAACGCCAUGCGGAUCUACGAGCCGGAGAGCAACGUCCUCAAGGCGCUCAGCGGCACCGGCAUCGGCCUCCUCAUGGACGUCGGCAACGGCGCGCUAACCAGCCUCGCCAACGACCCCUCCGCCGCGCCCGCCUGGGUCAAGGCCAACGUCCAGCCCUACCCGGGCGUCUCCUUCCGCUACAUCGCCGUGGGCAACGAGGUCAUGGACAGCGCUGGGCAGAAGACCAUCCUCCCGGCCAUGAAGAACGUACAAGCGGCGCUCACGGCUGCCGGCCUCGGCAGCAUAAAGGUUUCCACGUCGUUGCGGUUCGACGUGGUCACCAACACCUUCCCGCCCUCCAACGGCGUGUUCGCGGACCUUGACUACAUGGGACCGAUCCUGGACUCCCUGGCGAGCACCGGCGCGCCGCUUCUGGCCAACGUGUACCCCUACUUCGCCUACAAAGGCGACCCGCAGAACAUCAAGCUCAACUACGCCACCUUCGUGCCGGGCACCACCGUGAACGACGACGGCAACGGCCUGACCUACACGAACCUCUUCGACGCCAUGGUCGACUCCAUCUAUGCCGCGCUGGAGGACGCGGACAAACCGGGGAUGAAGGUCGUCGUGUCCGAGAGCGGGUGGCCGUCGGCCAGUGGGUUCGGGGCGACGGCGCAGAACGCGCAGGCGUACAACCAGGGAUUGAUCAAACAUGUCGGCAAUGGCACGCCCAAGAGAUCCGGGCCGUUGGAGACGUACCUGUUCGCUAUGUUCAACGAGAACCUGAAGACAGGGGAACCGACAGAGAACCACUUUGGGCUGUUCAAUCCGGACAAGUCGCCGGCCUACUCCAUUAGUUUCUGAAGUACACGACAAACGCUGGAUAUUUUGUGUUCGAAUAAGCUGCCUGAUGAUGCGAAAUGCAUGCAUUUUAGACAACCACUCAUGUGUGUGUGUGUCUGUGUUUGUUUGUUUUUUGUUCUAGUUUUUCUUAAAUCUCCAAGAAAACUAGUAAAAAAGAAAAGCGGACUGAAUCCACUU